AUAAAUGGAUUUAAUGAACUUUUUAUAAUUUGGAAAAAUAUUUUCAGCUUUCCAUUCCGGAUCUUCGUUUCUGUGUGACACCGCAAGAUUGCAUUCUCGUUCCGCUUUGGCACCGGCGAUUUCAAGUUUAGUUUGCAAGCGACCACCGACCCGAAAGGAGGAACCACCCUCAUCCGUUCGGAAAUUCGCGAGUGUUUAAGAAAUUUCGUCCACUGGGAAUAACAACAGUUAGCCUCCUGAUGAUGAGUUGGCGAAAUUGAAUGACUCUUCGAAAAACAAAAAGAAUGAGGUUUUAACUGGCGAUAAGCGGUCGUGAAAGAACGGCCAUUCGUACGCAGAUGACUGCAUGAAAAGCGAAACAGCUAGUGUGUACGGCGCGUGUGCAUUGUGCAUGAAGUGAUACGUUUAAGAGAAAGGGACGGAGGAUCCAGGAUCCAUGGAUGAAGAAGUAGAUUUCCAGACGCUGUACAAUUGCACCAGUUUAGUUUUAGGCCCUGAUACGAUAGCCGGUUUCAACAGGUCGGAACUAUUGAACGCUGUCGGCAUUGCGGCCACUAAGAACAGCAGCGCUAGAAGCACAUUAAGAAAAUGCCUUUUGACGGAACCUUUGACGUCUUACAUACCCUGGUGGCAGAAACUUCUCUGGAUCGUACUCUUCUCAUCCAUGGUCAUCGUCGCGACCACUGGCAAUGCUAUCGUUAUGUGGAUUGUCUUAGCUCAUCGAAGAAUGAGAACCGUCACCAACUACUUCCUCGUGAACCUCAGCGUCUCAGAUCUGCUAAUGAGCCUCUUCAAUUGCAUAUUCAACUUCACAUUCAUGCUGGAUUCACACUGGCCAUUCGGCGCAGUUUACUGCACCUUCAACAACUUCGUCGCCAACGUCAGCGUGGCAGCAUCGGUGUUCACUCUUGUCGCCAUCUCCUUGGACAGAUACAUGGCAAUUGUUCGACCCCUGAAGCACAGGAUCUCAAGAAGGAAAGCUGGUUUUGCCCUCGCAGUCAUUUGGCUCGCCAGUUGCCUUCUCGCACUCCCUUGUCUUCUUUACUCAACAACGAUGCAGAUGUACCAAAACGGACAGAUAAAAACCGUUUGUUAUUUAAGAUGGCCCGACGGACACUACCCAAAAUCGAUGUCGGAACAUGUAUACAACCUGGUUUUUCUGGCGGUGACAUAUCUUGGACCAGUUAUCGCGAUGGCUAUCUGCUACACCUUGAUGGGACGAGAGCUUUGGGGAUCCAAAUCUAUCGGGGAGCAAACUCAGCGGCAACUCGAUAAUAUCAGAUCGAAGAGAAAGGUUGUGCGAAUGUUCAUAACCGUUAUAUCCAUUUUCACGAUAUGCUGGCUGCCUUAUCAUGGAUACUUCAUUUAUGUCUACCACAACAAAUCAAUUGCUAUGAGCAGUUACGUUCAUCACAUAUAUUUAUUUUUUUAUUGGCUCGCCAUGUCCAACUCGAUGGUGAAUCCUAUCAUUUACUACUGGAUGAACCACAGGUUUAGAGUGUACUUCCGGCAGAUAAUUUGUUGCUGCUGCUGCAUGAGGCACAGUGAGAAUACAGAAUUGCAAUCGAUCACGAACAAACGCCAGCCGAGAUCUGAGCUGAUUUUGCGGUCCAAAUCCUGUAAGCUACAGGGGCCAUGCACGGAGGUCGAUCUCAGUUGUGGUGGAAUCAGUGGAGAUCUGUCGGGGGAAUCGUCAUCAACAGUCCAUGUUGAAACGAUCCGCGUCCGAGUUGAUAAACAGUCAAGACAGAAAAAUAAACAAUUCGUCGACUCCAGGUAUGAUUAACUCGAUGUUAUAGCGUCUGGCCUACUUUGACGCUACAAAAAUAUUCCCCUACGAUGAGAAAAUGGCGCAGCCGGACGUUUUACCCUUUCGUGCAAUAUUCCAAAACUAUUGUACUAGCAGUAGUAAUAAUUUAAGUUUUAAAAAAGACAAUAAGGAUUUAUUUUUUAAUGUAUCGUAUUAAAACAAAAACAUAA